AUUUGAUCAAUUUACUUUUAGUUUUAUUUGAUUGGUUAGUUAUUUACUUAGUUUUGAUUGGUUAAUAAGCUUAAUAAUAUAAUUAUCCAAUGAGUUCAGAAUACAAGAAUGUUGAAGUUAAAGUAAAGAUUAAUGAAAGACUUACUGCAGCACUUGUUGAUUCUGGGAAGCUUUCACAGGCUGUUACCAAAAGUUCAAAAACCAGAGAAGUACUACAACAAGCAGUAAAGCAGUUUGUGUUGUUGGAUAAUGUUCUCUUGAACACUUAUCAGACGCUUAAUCUUAUAGAUAAGACAAUGGAAAGAUUAUCAGACCAAACUGUUUCAAUUGAUGUUGGUUUACAGAGUAUUGAGGGUGUUAAAACAAAGUUAGAUUCGAUAUUAAAGAUUUGAAUGCUGUUCCAUGUUUCAAGUUUUAGAAGUUAUUUUCUCUAAUAUAGAUAUAAACAAAAAUUUUUUAUCAAAGAUUAUCAUUUAAAUAAAUAGACAAUUUUUUAGCGAGUGUGUUGAUCGAGUCAAAAUUAUUGACGAUUGGCGUAAUUUUAAGAAAAAUUAUCUUUUAUUUUUAUUUAUGCUUUUUAUUUUAUAUUAAUAUGUACAAUUAAAUCAAUAUAUUUAAUUUUAUUAAUUUAAGUAUAUGUGCUUGUUUGUUUUAUUAUGAGCAAAUAAGAAAAGAUUUUCGAAACAGGCUCUGGAUUAUACUUAUUUGAAAAGAAAGACUUGUUAUAUGAUUAUGUUUAUUUAUGAAAGCAGUCUUUUAGAUGUUGAGGUAUAAAAGCGAAUAAUUUACUCUUACUAUAAUUUACUCUUACGGAUUCAAUUUUUUUUGGUUAUAUAUAUUCUCAAAACUACGUAGCCAUUAUCCAAGUAUAUGAAAAAAUUGUGUUUCAUGUUUAAUAGAGGCUUUUUAUUAUACUUUUUUUUUAAAUUACACUUAUUUUUUUUAACAUAAUGUGAGAUAAUUUUUUUUAAAAAUAUAUCGUGUAUCUUUAGCUUAUUUUCUCUGUGUUGUAUGAUUCCGUAUUUUUUGCUCAUGAAUUCUAUUUGAGUAUUUCUGCUUUGAGUUGAAUAGUUAUGAUCAACAGUUAUUUGAACAAAUUCAUUUCCAAAUUUUAUAAGCAAUCUGUACCAUCAACUCAAAUACGAUUGUUUUCGGUGAUUGAUGUUGUGGUGUCGUCUUUGCGUAUUGAUCGUUUACUGGCUACUGGUCUUGGAACUGGAAGAAACAAAAUCGAGUUAAGUUUGCUGAGCGGAUGCGUUAAACUUAACGGAAAAACAGUAAUAGAUAAGAGUGUUGAGGU